GCUCUAUCAGCAGAUAUGGCUGCCCUGUCAUUACAGAGCCACACCACAUUAUCCUGCAAGACAGCAGGUUUGGGGUUAUGAAAAAAGAAAAAAAAAAAGCUGCUGUAAUUGGAGCACGAGUCACAUUCCUGAGCUGGUGAGUGAAUCUGAAAUAGUCACCAGGACGAAGCUGCUUUGAGUGGGUGAAGAUUAAAAGACGCCACCAGCAGCUGACUUCUAAUUUGAGAGUCUAUUUCUGGGGAUGCUGAUGGAUCAAAAAAGUGAGAGUGUGUUCCAGAUGUGGGAGUCGCUCCCCUCCUCCUCCUCCUCCUCCUCCUCCUCCUCCUAUGACAGGGUGGAGGGGUGGGAGUGAGUGGAGGAGAAAUUUGGCAAGUGCCCUCGAAAAGACACAGAAGUAGAGGAGAUAACUUAGUUUUGGAGCUGCAGCAGAAGAGUUGAGUAAAGACACGAGAGGUUCAUCAGGACGAGGAUGGAGGUUUUGUUCAGGAUGAAGAUGGUCUGGGUUUUUCUGAUGAUGCUGUGUCUUCAUCACAUGUCCUGUUCUUCUGCUCAGGAGUGUCCAUCCACCCAUGACCUGCUGAACUCUCUGCGGCAGGUGGAGAAGAUGUUGGCGGUCCAUGAGGCGUCGUACCAGCAGGGCCUCCGCUCGCUCAGGAAGAAGAUGAGCGCUCUGCACAACAGCACCAUGGCCAUCUUCAAGGCUGGCGCAACCUGCCCCAAACCAGAGCCCCCUGCUCAUGGCCGCAGACUGGGCAGAGUGUUUGGCGUUGGACAUGAGGUCCACUUCCUGUGCAAGCCUGGCUACGAGCUGAUUGGCCCGCGGACCCGAGUGUGUCUGGAGUCUCUGAGGUGGAGCGGCCAGCAGCCAAUGUGCAGACGCUUCAACAGCACCGGAAACUCCCUGGCCUCCUUCUCUCCUGCUGCUCCUUCCUCUUCUUUCUCUGGCUCUGCAGCUCUGUCAGCAUCCUCCUCCUCCUCCUCCUCCUUCUCCUCCUCUUCAGCAUCUUCACCUUCUCCUGUCUCCUCUUUAUUACCCACGUCUUCCUCCCCAUUCUCCUCCAUCCGUCCAUCUCACUGCACUCACUUCCUGGGCUCCACCCGCUGCACCUGUGAUGUGGGUUUCACCAUAUCAGGCCGCGACAACAACAUCUGCACAGACAUCGACGAGUGUCAUCUGUUCCCUCUUGGUCAACCUGGCCGGCUCUGCAUCCAUCAGUGUGUAAACACUCCCGGCAGCUUCCACUGCUUCUGUCCAGAUGGCUACGACAUCUCCAGAGAUGGCCGCAGAUGCACAGACAUCGACGAGUGUGAAAUCCGAAUGCACAACUGCACAGCAGACCAGCUGUGUGUGAACACCCACGGAGGUUUCCAGUGUGUGACGGUGGAGUGUCCGCAGAUGAAAAACGCCACGUACAUCAAGACGUCGCCAAUGCGCUGUGAGAGGAACCCAUGCAUGCUGGGAGACAAGGCGUGCACUCAGGCACCAAACUCAAUCUCCUUCCACUUCCUGUCUGUGGUGUCCAACAUGUCCGCCCCCCGUGUCCUUUUCCGGGUGUCGGCAGCCCGUGUCCUGGGUGACACGCUGCGUUUCGGCCUGGCGGGUGGUCAUGGGCGGGGCUAUUUCAGUGUGCAGCGUUCAGGACGACAGACCGGCACCCUCCUCCUGGUGCAGCCCAUCAAGGGUCCCUCCACUCUGGAGGCUGAGGUGGAAAUGAGCGAGCUGGAACGCCACAACCUGCUGGGCCGCUAUCUCACCAAGGUCACCCUGUUUGUUUCCCCGUACGAGUUUUAGAUAAGGGAUUAAUGCCGGGGGGUGGUGAGGGUGGGGUUGCUGGUUAGGGUGGGGGG